GCUUUUGGUCUGGAUUUGAUGCUCGCCUCAAGGCGAUUAAGUAUGAUCUUAAUCGGGACAUGAAAUGAAGUAACUGGAAAUAGGUUUUGUAACAAUAUUGUAUUUAGAGAACCUUCCUUUAUAGUAUUCUCAAAGUCACUUUAGUUAGGGGAAAAUCAACAUCACCGCACAAGUCGCGAGCGUUUUUGAAAACUGGUGGAGCUUCUCAGUUGAAAGUGUAUGGAUAGGAUGGGUGCGCAUGCUUUCCCCAACUAACCGAGGUAUUGCCUUUUGGAGAGGGUAAGCAGCCAGUGACAGCAAUGCAUCUGCACGUGCGUCUGCUAGCUCCCAAAAACUCCACUGUGGAUUUAAACAUUACUCGUCUUUAAAAAGAGUUGAGAGGCUAUCGAAGAUGAGAACGCUGCAAACAUUCCUGUUCCUCUUUCUCCUCCACCAGGUGAGCUGCAGGAGGAGGCCGGCUGGCCAGACAGAGGUGAUGGGAUGGGGGGAAGGGGAGAACCAACAGAAGUUCUCUCCCACAGGGGCCAGCCCGCGCGUCCUGAACCCCCUGCGACUGUUCUCCAAGGGCCCCGCCGGGCUGCACAGCAGCGCCAGGGACAUGGCAUACGUGGAGAGCAUGGAGGACUUCUGGGACUGGUUAUCUAACCAGACAGAUGUCCAGGCGGCGCAGGCCAGAACUAAACGCAGGCCCAUCGUGAAGACAGGGAAAUUCAAAAAGAUGUUCGGCUGGGGCGACUUCCACUCCAACAUCAAGACGGUGAAGCUCAACCUGCUGAUCACAGGGAAAAUUGUGGAUCACGGGAACGGCACCUUCAGCGUAUACUUUCGCCACAACUCCACGGGGCUGGGGAACGUGUCUGUCAGCCUGGUCCCGCCCUCCAAGGUGGUGGAGUUCGAGGUGGCUCAGCAGUCCACGCUGGAGACCAAAGACUCCAAAGCUUUCAACUGUCGCAUCGAAUACGAAAAGACGGACCGGAACAAGAAGACAGCGCUGUGCAGCUUCGACCCGUCCAAGGUGUGCUACCAGGAGCAGACCCAGAGCCACGUCUCCUGGCUCUGCUCCAAGCCCUUCAAAGUAAUUUGCAUCUACAUCGCCUUUUACAGUGUUGACUACAAACUGGUUCAGAAGGUGUGCCCUGACUACAACUACCACAGCGACACACCGUACUCCUCCACCGGCUGACAGAGCUAGCGGUCUGCACCAUGUGCCUGGAUCUACCCUAGCGUUCAACCCUAACCCAGACCUGACCCUCGCCCUGACCCCGAACCCGGAGACUCUUGAGUAAAUCCGAGAUUGUUGUAUCCACACAUUUCCGUUCUGAUAGGCCAGGUGAAAUGUUGCUUGUAUUCAAUCAAACUUGGAUGUACUCAAGUAUUCGAGGGAGGGGGGGGGUCAAAGGGGAAGGUUUGGGAUUCAUCCUCAGUAUGGUAAACCCUGGUUGACCCCUCCAGCUCCUGUUUGUACCUUGGUAGCGUCUUCUUCAUUGUCAUCAUUGUUGACAUCAUCACUUAAAUCACGAUUAUCCCUAUGCAUCCUCAUUCAUUAUCCCCAUCCUCAUUCAUUGUCAAACUCUUCCUCAUCAUCCCCAUCAGUAUCCUCAUCAUCAUCCUUGUCUUUGUCACCAUGUGUUCUUUGGAGAGCACUGGUAAUUAUGCUGCAUUCCAGAUGUGUGUUAAAAGGCUAGGACGUCGGCCUCAUAACACAUGAACCACCUUGUUGGGUUACAGUGGAUCUGUACAACAAUCUGGACAUUGAGUGGUUUCCCCAGUUUCAUCAAAAGAAGAAAUAAGAACGUUAAGAAGAAUUUCAAGUUAAACUUUUAGGGAUUUCUUUUGGCAACAUUCCUGAUUUCUCCAAAAACAGUAAUGUGAGGAAUGACAUUUGUUUGCAAUACAAGGCUGGGAAGCCAGUUUAAAAUGUUCCCCCUAGAUUCACUCAGGAUUUACGAGCCAACACACAUCCUCAUCUCACAUCUGUCAGCAAUCUGGCUACCUACGUGAGAGACACAAAAAAACAUUACUGGUUUGUUAUUGUGUACAUAGCAUCCCAAAACAUCUGAGACAACCAUUCAUACAUAAUUAAGUCUGCACUUCAGCCAACAUUCUGAAUGCCUCAUUCUGAAUUGCAUUAUUGACAGUGAACAAAGAAUGUUCAUAUUGGAAUGAAACUGGUGUAAAUGUGGAUGUUCCAGUUGAGAGGACAGAGCUGCUGGACAGGUGGGUUUACUGGAUCUGGCAGCCAGUUAACAGCUCUUAGUCAUGGUCCUGCCACCAAGCCUGACACCGCCUGGCUUUAAUUGACUUUAAUUACAGCAGAACAUUUCCAUUUAGUCAUCCUGGCCGACCAGACCAAAUGAAAAAAAAAAUUAUGUGUUCUGUUUCUCCUGUGGAAUGGUUUCACUUGAGGUUGAAAUAUGGAUGGAAUUCACUGUUAUUUUUCAACCCUGUAUGGAUGUUUCACAAGUACCGGUUGCUUCAUAGUUUUUUAAUGUAUUUACUGGGUAGCAUAAAGCCAUAAAAAUAGAUAUUGAAUUAUUGGGCUGGUCAGGCUUGUAUGGGUUAUAUGAAAUACAGCACACACACAAGACAUGUCAUCAGACAUAGAUAUCCAAAAAGGGGAUUGGCUAGGGAAUGCUCCAUUGACCAAAUGUAUGUCAAUCUUGUGAGAAGUGACUGAGCAAGAUUGUUGUUUGCAGUCUCUGAUGUGUUUCUUGAAACUUGUAUGAUACUCUACUGUUGUAGAAGCGUCUAGAUUUGUGAGACAACAACAGUAUGAAAGACUGGAGUUGAGUGUUGAUGUUUUAGUUCCUCUCCAUUGUGCAAUGCAAAAUGUGUUAUGUGUAAUUACUGGUAAUUAACUAAACUGUGUUUACUAAUGGCUUAUAAGUAAAAAAUGAUGUCAGUUUUUGUUAUAAUUUUCCAGAGAAAUACACCUGUAGAUAUCAAUCUAUAUCGUUAUCUAUAAGUUUGGUGUUUGGUAGAGGUAUGUUAAAUGUAUUAAUUGAAAAUUAGAAAUUCAAUUAGAAUUUAUUUUUUGUAAACCUUGCAAUGCUCCGAGCUGUGUUCAUUUCCUGCUUGCUUCAUAAUUUUUUAUAGUUGUCAAUAGUGUAAGUAAAGUGUUCAUUUGAGUAUAUAAUUGAAUAGGGAUUUAUUUUAUCAAUAUGAAGUUGUUUGUAAACAUUUAUUUAGGUUUUUAUGACAUUAAAAUUUAUUUGAAUUGGG